CAGCGAGACUGGUCAAAGUUAGACAACAGGAAGAACUUCGGAUCACUGCUGAUGACCUUACUAUGUCAGGAAUUGACCACAAGCCCAAGGAAUGCCUAGGACUCCUAGAAUGUAUGUAUGCCAGUCUCCAGCUUGAGACCCAGCUUGCCCAACAACAGAUGGCUAUUUUUGAAAAUUUACAAGCAUCCAUGACACAACUGGCUCCUGGGAGAGAAAGCCAGAACUCUUCUCUCCCAACCUUAUCUUGCAAUCUGUUGUUAAAUCACCUGCCCCAAUUUAGUAAAUGAAUU